AGUCUUUCGAAAGUUCUUUAUGAGCGCUCCAUUAACGAUAAUGCAUUUCAGCCUUUUGACCCUUUCUCUCUCUCUCUCCCCUGCAAUAAACGACAAAUAAGCGUUUCAACGUAUUUAUGUGGGUGUAUACACCCUUCGUUUUUCUCUUUCAAAUCUUGCCCCCACCAAACAACAUCUGGUCAUUUUCCCAGAAAAAAGAGAGCACCAGAGGCGCAAGCGGCGAUGGGAAAGUCGAGAAUGCUUCGUCUCUGCGAAGGGUCGUCUGGGAAGAGAUCGUGAGACGAUCCCAAGCUUCAGAUUGGAGCUACUGCUAGAGUGGGUUGCGUUGCACUAGUGUUUUGCCAUUCAAGAGCUCGCUUCUUCAACGAAAAGACUUCUUGGAUUCUAUCACUGCUUGGCUUGAGCUUUAGAGGCAGCCGUUGUCUCGAUAAUGGGCAACCUCAAACUAGGAGUAGAUGUUGUCGGUGCUCACAAUCUUUUGCCAAAAGAUGGGCAAGGUUCGUCCAAUGCAUUUGUGGAGCUCUUUUUUGAUGGGCAGAAGUUUCGGACCACCAUCAAAGAAAAGGAUCUCAACCCCGUUUGGAAUGAGAGCUUCUACUUCAACAUCGCCGAUCCUUCCAAUCUCCAUUACCUCACUCUGGAUGCUUACAUCUAUAACACCAUCAAGGCCACCAACUCCAGAAACUUCCUCGGGAAGGUUUCCCUUACCGGCACUUCCUUCGUUCCCUACUCUGAUGCUGUCGUGCUUCACUACCCACUGGAAAAGCGUGGCAUUUUUUCACGUGUGAGGGGAGAGCUCGGCCUGAAAGUGUACAUCACCGACAACCCAAACAUAAAGUCUUCCAACCCACUGCUGGCGACCGAUGUCCCUGAAGUGGAUCCAGGUGCAAAUGCCCUGAACAUGGUUUCUAACAGCCAUGCUGAGAAAGGUGGGGUGAGACACACAUUUCACCACCUCCCGAACACGAAUCAUCAACAGAAACAGCAGGUUCCUGAGCCAGAAAUUCCUCACAGGGAACAUGUGCCUCAACAUGAUCACGGGCCAAAGUAUGGCAUCGACCAUAUGAAAGCAGAACCGCAUCCUACGAAGCUGGUGCGGAUGUACUCUGCAGCGUCAUCCCAACCAGUUGAAUAUGCCUUGAAAGAGACGAGCCCAUUCCUGGGAGGGGGAAGAGUUGUCGCGGGCCGUGUUAUUCGCGGUGACAAGACAGCAAGUACUUAUGAUCUCGUUGAGCAAAUGCAUUUUCUCUACGUGAGAGUCGUUAAGGCUCGUGAGCUUCCGGCCAUGGACGUUUCUGGUAGUCUCGAUCCGUAUGUCGAGGUGAAAGUGGGGAACUAUAAGGGAAUUACUAAGCACUUCGAGAAAAAGCAAAACCCGGAGUGGAACCAGGUGUUCGCCUUCUCGAGGGAGCGGAUGCAAGCAUCCGUGCUAGAUGUUGUUGUCAAGGACAAGGAUCUGGUCAAGGACGACUUUGUGGGCAUUGUGCGGUUCGACGUGAAUGAGGUCCCUCUUAGGGUCCCGCCGGAUAGCCCCCUAGCACCGGAGUGGUACCGGCUUGAAAAUAAAAAGGGAGAGAAGAUAAAGGGGGAGCUAAUGUUAGCAGUUUGGAUCGGCACCCAGGCUGACGAGGCCUUUCCCGAUGCUUGGCACUCCGAUGCUGCGAUGCCUGUCGAUGCUACACCCAUGGUCUCGGCCCUGAUACGGUCGAAGGUCUAUCAUGCGCCGCGGUUGUGGUAUGUGAGGGUUAAUGUCGUGGAGGCUCAAGACUUAGUUCCGACCGAGAAAAAUCGUUUCCCAGAUGUUUAUGUUAAGGUGCAGAUAGGGAACCAGAUAAUGAAGACAAAGACAGUUCAGGCUCGAGGCUUCAAUUCCUUGUGGAAUGAGGAUCUUUUGUUCGUUGCUGCCGAACCUUUCGAAGACCAUCUGAUCCUUUCAGUUGAGGACCGUGUAGCCCCUGGCAAAGAUGAGAUCCUAGGGAGGGUCAUCAUUCCUUUGGGGUCGGUGGAAAAGCGUGCGGAUGAUCGGAUUAUCCACUCCCGCUGGUUCAAUCUAGAGAAGCCUAUAGCCGUGGAUGUGGAUCAGAUAAAGAAAGAGAAAUUUUCAAGCAAGAUCCAUCUCCGAGUUUGUCUCGAUGGAGGAUAUCAUGUUCUUGAUGAGUCAACUCAUUAUAGCAGCGAUCUACGGCCCACAGCUAAGCAGUUAUGGAAGCCAUCAAUUGGUGUAUUAGAACUAGGAAUUCUGAAUGCCGUGGGCCUCCACCCGAUGAAAACACGAGAUGGCAGGGGCACGUCUGAUACAUAUUGUGUUGCCAAGUACGGUCACAAAUGGGUCCGCACACGCACCAUUGUCGACAAUCUGUGUCCGAAAUAUAACGAGCAGUACACUUGGGAGGUUUUUGAUCCGGCCACAGUUCUAACGAUAGGUGUAUUUGAUAACAGCCAGCUCGGUGAAAAGGGUGCAAACGGCAACAAGGACCUGAAAAUUGGUAAGGUGAGGAUCCGAAUUUCGACCUUGGAGACAGGACGUGUCUACACGCACACAUAUCCACUCCUAGUGCUCCAUCCUACAGGAGUAAAGAAGAUGGGAGAAUUACAUCUGGCAAUACGGUUCUCGUGCACAUCUUUAGUGAACAUGCUUUUCACUUAUUCGCGUCCGCUAUUACCUAAGAUGCAUUAUGUGAGGCCCUUCAAUGUGAUGCAGCUUGACAUGCUCCGCCACCAAGCUGUCACAAUAGUGGCAGCGAGACUUGGCCGGGCCGAGCCUCCGCUUCGGAAGGAGGUGGUGGAGUACAUGUCCGAUGUGGACUCGCACCUCUGGAGUAUGCGCAAGAGCAAAGCGAACUUUUUCCGUCUGAUGUCAGUUUUCUCCGGAUUGUUUGCUGUCGGAAAAUGGUUUGGGGAUAUCUGCAUGUGGAGGAAUCCCAUUACGACCGUGCUGGUGCACGUGCUCUUCGCAAUGCUCGUCUGCUUCCCAGAGCUGAUUCUGCCCACUAUAUUUCUGUACAUGUUUCUGAUCGGAGUAUGGAAUUUCAGGUAUCGCCCCAGGUACCCUCCCCACAUGAACACCAAAAUCUCGCAAGCUGAAGCGGUAUAUCCUGACGAGCUGGAUGAAGAAUUCGACACCUUCCCAACCACACGCAGCCCGGAUGUGAUCAGGAUGAGGUAUGAUCGGCUUAGAAGUGUCGCUGGUAGGAUUCAGACCGUGGUUGGCGAUGUGGCGACCCAAGGAGAGCGGUUUCAGGCUUUGCUGAGCUGGCGGGAUCCACGUGCUACGGCCAUCUUUGUCACUUUCUGCCUCGUCGCCGCACUUGUAUUGUAUGUGAUCCCCUUCCAGGUGGUGGCAGGAUUGGCCGGAUUUUACAUGAUGAGACAUCCUAGGUUCCGCCACAGGCUACCUUCGGCACCGCUCAACUUCUUCAGACGCCUGCCAGCCAGAACUGAUAGCAUGCUGUAAGACUGUAAGACCGAUGUCCUGGCCUGUCUAAAUCUAAGUUUAUCCUAGUUUUCUUUCUAGUGUGGAUCUUGUACCGUGGCCUUGGGGUCCUGAAUGCUGUUAUUAGAGUAAUUAACUCGAGACUUAUUACUGGAUUCAGCUGUUUUAGGCAAA